UAAAAAAAAAAAACCAACGGGUCCGUACAAAAAACGCAAUGGUUGAACAAUGAAGGGUAAAUACCAGAUUGGCGCUGAGGAACUCACUCAACAAUGGGGAUAACUUCGACUGAGGAGAUUGAGUAUGAUCAAACGAAAGCUGAGUACAACAAUGGCGGAGAUUCAUGGAGCUCAUCAAUGAACUGGACGAUCUCUCGUGGUUCUCUUGAAGAUUCCAUUACUUUUGAGUCCUCCGAUCCUCAGAUCGAUGCUGAAUCUACUCAGAUAUCACCGCUUAUUCUUCACAGACCUUCGCCGGAUUCCUCCCCUUGCGAAAUCAAGUUAUGCUUUAUGCAAAAGCAUGAAAUCAGGCAGGUCUAUGUUCGGAGUACUGCUCGUGUUUAUGAGAUAUACUAUGCACCUACUCUGCAGAGCGACAAUGAGUAUCUAUGUACCGUCCGCUGUAGCAUAGCUGAACGAGAUGGAGAAUUUCUCCAAGCUAAUGAGAUUGAAGUAGUUACCCCGCAAUGUUUGGAGGAUUAUGUAGGAAAACCAACAAAAGGUAGAGUCGCAGCUGAAGCCAAUUGCACAAGGGAAGAUGAUUGGGUUGAGGUUAAGGUUCCUGAUGGAAACGGGGUAAGCUGCCUGCAAAAGCACACAACUGGGAAAGAACAAAGAAGUAUUGAGGAUUUAUACGAGGCCACAGCAGAAAUUAGUGAUGCAGAUCCCUGCAUGUCACUUACAAUUCGCUUUUUAUCACUUCCAAAUAAAGAUUCUCUAUGCAUCGACGAAGUUUACAUAUUUGGUGACCCUAUUGACUCUAACGAGGUAGAGACCCCAGCAGCUCCUAUGGAAAACCAAGCUAGUUCUUUUAUGGCCAUGCUUGUUCCCACCCUUCUGCAACUAUCUAAAUCAGGCGUCAGCCAGAAGCAGCAGGAGAAAGAUGUUUCUGAUAGUCAAAGAAAGGAAAAUGAAGUGGGAAUCGCAGUGAGGGCAUCUGAUUUUUCUGAUGCCAAUAAAGAAAAUGAACAGGAAAAGAAGAUGAGUGCUGAUCAUAUAGUGCAGUUGGAUGUCACUGACAAGCCUGUAGCAAAACCCACUCAUUCCAAUCCUCUGAUACACCAGGAGUUAAGUAGAGAGAACCACAAUACCUCCACCACGAGUAAUGAUGCUUUACAAGGUCGUAUUGUAGGAGCCAUUGAACAACUUCUUGACCGAGUGAGCAGAAUUGAAAAUAUUUGCUUGAGAUUUGAAGAAAAGAUGGUUAUUCCAAUGAAUAGCAUGGAGAUGAGACUUCAACGACUGGAGCAGCAAGUAGAAACUCUAGCUAAAAGUUCCCAAUUUUCUGGAGUAGCUUCCUGCAAUAGAAUAACAGCUCCUUCAUUUACUGGCAGUGAGUCCAAUUCUAGCUCUUUGUAUAAUGAUGGAAGUGAAUAUCGUUCAUGUGGGGUAUUGGAGCUGGAGAAAAAGGAUCCCCCUUGCAAUAAGUUGUCCGAACCUUCUGAUGACAUUCCUGUUUCUUCUAAUCCUUCACAUGUUCUUCCAAAUCUUGUGAUUUCUGCCCCUGAGUUUUCAUGUGGAGAGGAUGAAGAAGAAAAUGAUAUUGUUGAAUCAGUAAAGAUAUCUUCUCAAGAGAAGCAAAAGCAAGUUUUAUCUAUUGAUGAUGCUUUAGCUGCAGCACUUUCUGGAUUUUUGUCCACGUCCCACGUUCUUCCACCAGAUGAAGGGACCUUGGAAGUUAUUGCGUCUGGAUCUAUUAGUGAGGGAGUGAAUGAGAAGAAUGAGUUUUCAGAAUCUACCCUAAGUGCUUCAGUUACCGCUCACAACUGUACUCUGGAGGGAAAUGACGACGACAAACCUUCAAAGUAUACUCAAAUUCUUGCAAUUGCAGCUCCUGACUUUACCGAGGAGGAGGACGAAUUUGAGAAUGCAAAUACAAAAAAUGAAAUAGCUUCUCCAAGCACUGGAAGUCAGGACUUUGUUGACCUUAACAGAAGCAAGAGAGUGGAUAACGCAAGUUCAACUGUUGCUUCUGAGACAUAUGCAGAGCAUGAGAAAUUUCUCCAUGAGAAUGUUCAGCUUAAGGAAACUUCUGGAGUAAUUGGUUCGAAAGAUCAUGCUUAUGCACAAGAAAGUAUCUGCAGAUCACAGGAUAAUCCCACUGCUUGUCCUUCAGGUCAAGAUGAUAAGGUUUCAGAGACUAAUGUAAGAGAUUCUACUAAUGAGCCACAGAUGAAUUCUCAUAAUCUAGGAAAUGCUGCUGAAUCUGAAGAAUGUGAUCCUUCAAAAGGUUCUCACUUGGACGUUAUGCAAAAUGUUUGUGAAUAUCCAAGACCUUCUGCUCUAGAUUUCGACAUUCCCAUCUUAGAUGUGAAGUUCACAGCCAAUGAAGACGGUGAUUCCAAGUUCUCACUAGAAGUUCUUUUAGGUGACAAGACAGAUGUUAAUGUUGAUGAAAGCACUAAUAAUGCUGUCACUAGUGAGGGAACAACUUCCACUGAUAUGAAUGAUGAAGAAUUACUGAAGUGUUUUGCAGGCGAUAGCAACACUCUGGUGGAUUUUGGAUUUUAUGCUGCAGAUACAUUCACUAAUUCAGAUGGACACAGUAAUCCGAGUAUAUCCAGCAACCACGAGGUAGUCAUCGGUCUCAUCUGAGACCUACUUUUCGCAACGUGUAUAGUUGUACUGGCAAUGCAUGUCAAUUACCAGGAGAUCCAUAUCCAUAUGAGUGGCCAGAGUUGGUGGGAACAGAGAUCAUACAUGCCAAAUACAUAGUAGAACAUACCAAUCUUCGUGUUACAGGUAUCGUGUUAAAUUAUCUGAUACAUGUUGUAAUCGUGUUUGGCUUUGCCCUGAUGAACAUGGUUUUGUUAAAUAUCUUCCCAAAGUCUGUUGAUAAAAUCAGAGCAUAUAUAUAUCGAAGUUGUAAUCCUCAACUUUUAUAAUACUAAAGUCCUUGUUAUGUAGA